AUGCUUAUCGUUCGGUGCGUCCGAGAGGGACCCGGCCGCUUCCGGCUGCCGUUCCGGAGUCUCGUGAAGAUCCCGACCAUCACGUACAGGAAAGGCGAUCCCUACGACACCUGCGCCAUCUGCCUCGAAGACUACGAAGAGGGAGAGAGGCUCCGGGUCCUCCCUUGCUCACACGGUCUGACGCUGACUCCCCUCCCCGAUAUCAAUAAAGCAGGAGACAAAAAAAAACAGAUCAUCGAGAGAGGCCAUUAAUAUUAAUCAGCAGUCAUUGAGUUAAUUAAUGGCAAAAUCAAUCAGCAGACGAGUUGAUUGCAAUCUCAACGUGUCAGAAAAUCCGCAAGAAAAGCUUCCACUUCGGCGAUCCCAGUCUCGAUAUUUUGACAUUUUCACCUUUUCUCCUGAUGCACGCCGUGAACUUCACCGCAAUGGUCAGUACCGCGGUGCCCAGUUUUAAAAUCAUGGUAAACGUUUCUUAAAUGCGGCGAAAAUGUUUGCAAUCGUCGAGUAAACCCCAUUGAAACUGGUUAUUUUGCGGGUUCAAUCCCAGUCGAGAUCGGGAUCAGCAGGAAAGAUCACACUUGCUCUAAAUAAUCGGUCAUGGGGGCAAGUGUGAUAUAACGUUUCCUGGCGGCAUUUCGUGACAUGUUUUUCAUGACAUGUUUUUUUUUCGCGUCGUAUUGUUUCCAUGAGAUGGCAAGAAGACUAGAGGAGUUUCAAGUUGGUGAUUUGAAAAUCAAUAUUUAAAAAUCGAAGGCCAACUGGUACUUCGGUACUUGGAACCGGUACUUCGGUACUUGGAACUGGUACUUCGGUUCCUGAAUAAAUUUUUCUAGAUGAAAUAAUUAG